AUGAAGUCAAUGAUGGCUCAAAUACGACUGCAGGAAGACGAGCAAAUCGAAUGUUGGGAUGAUGAUGAUGAUCUGCAAUUCACCGAGGGCAUUCAAUCUCGUGCUGCAUCCAGCACAGGAUCUAUGGCUAAUUCCUCAUUCCGACCAUCAGGACAUCGCGAUUCAAUCUCGUCGCGGCGGUCUGCUCGGUCUGAUCUGGACUCGAAUGUCGGAGACGAAGACUGGCAGGUUCCUUUGCACGACAACGAUGAGUUUGCGAAAGAAGAAGCCCUCGCCUCGGCCAAAAAUGCGGGGAUACCGAUUCCUGCCAAUAUUCCUAGCUCUGCUCUUCUCGGGGGCGCCAUCAAACGCCUGUCUACUCGAAAGCCCAAGAGGACUUUUGUGGAUGACUGGUCUGAAGAUGUAGAGCUUCCUGGCCCAGACGCAAUACUGCAGCUCAGGACAGCUCAAGAGGCGAUGUUCCCGGAAACAAUCCGACAUAUAAGUUCGGCGGCCACAAGUCCGGUGAAGUCUACAGCUUCCCCAUCUUGGAAUGAGAACAUUUCAACUCGCCUACAAUCAGCGCUUGGAAGUCUACAUCGGUUUCAGGAUGAUAAUGAUGAUAGCGCUAUCGGAUGGGACGUGCCCACCAUCAAGGCACCCACACCACGAUCCCCACAGAAAACUGCCCUAAAAAUGGCCGGUAGCAACCUUACUAUGGAGCAGGAAGUUGAAGAUUUCGACAAAGACCUUGAAUUACCACCAGACUACCAGCCUCUACAACUAUCACACCGAAAAUAUACAAGUGAUAUCUCCAGCCCCGUUUUAGACGACUUCGAUCUAGAAUGGUCCGAAGGGAGCAUAGGUGUCCGAGUUGGCGGGACGGGCCGAGAUGGCCGCUCGGUUCCUAGUUCCUCGAUCUCCAUUGCCAGCCCCAGUGCGUCAAGUUGCCUGACUGGGGAAAGCGAAGAAGAUGGUCUGGAUGGCCUAGUGUUCCCAGAUGGCCCAUUGGAUUUUACCGCCUCUCUCAAAAGACGAGAAGAGGAAAUCACCGAAGAGAGUACCACCGCAGCCGCAGCCAAGCGAGAACUGCAGGCUUUAAAGUCGUCUGACUCGGAUGACUUUUUCUCGGACAUUGAAGUUGAUAACGGCAGAGCUUUUGCAUCAAAGAAAUUAACACUUAACCCUCAUGUCAAACGUAAGACGGAGUGGCCAGCGAGCCCAACACGGCGGUCUUCAACGACUCUGACCUUCACCACUACUGGUGCCGGUCCAGUCAAUACAACAGGCUCCCCUCGCCAGAAUACUCGCAUUCCACGCCUAUCUGGCCAUGACCGGGCCCAUUCGACCCAUCUCGAGACGGUUUCAGAGAGCGGCGCACCACUGUCCAAGUUUCAAAGACCCCACUCCCGCCUUGGGCAUUCGUCCCAGUCUUCAAUCUCUAGCCUCCAGUCUUCCAGCGUGGUUUCAACUUCCCCCAAUCCAAAUCCUGUUGGCCGAAGGCUUCUAGGAGCGCGAGUUUCCCAAGCCACAACCCCGGCUAGUGAUUCCUGUGCACCCCCCAGACAACUUCGAACGAAAAGAUCUCUACCUUCCAUUCGGGGUGUGGCACCCACUACUCCAGCGCAGACUCCGCAACGACUUUCAUCCAAUCCAGAUGGUUCUAUUCUGCCACCGGCAAACAGACCAAAAACGCCGGUGGAGCGCACGAUUGUGGCUGGGAGAACAUCCAGCCGAAGAGCACCAGUCCCGUUCAUCCCAGCAGAUGCAUCAGAAAGGCAAUCGCACCACGAAAAUAUGAAAACAUACCGCCGCCGCCACCACUCUGAUAAUUCCGGUGACCUACUCAAUCCACAAGGUACCUACUCUCGACUAUCACGAUCAAAUCGCCCGGAAACUUUCCGCCUGAGCCUCGACGACAGCAAAACGGAGAGCAUUAGCCCAACGGCUAAACGUACACUAACUCGGCCGACCAGGCGACGCAACUUUGGAGACGGAACCGAGCUGGAAUCCUUUGACGAUUUGCCUACAUCCGUUUCAACAGAGAGUAGGUAUACCAAGAAUCCGGCCGGCCGAGGUGCCCCCCGAUCAGUACGAGCUAGGCUUAGCCAGAGCCGUAUAACUCCACCUGGCGAAUCCCCGACACAAUCCUUCACACCACCCUCGACCUCUAAGCCUCUGGUGUCUACACCACGCUUUGCCCAAGACACCAAUGCAUCCCGGAAUGCGCGAGAGCAGCGCAUUGCAUCCUUGAGCUCUCGAAACCGGGACACAACACCGCUUGGUUCUUUCAACUCGAAUUGGAAGGCCCAGCCCAUACCUCGAAUAUCGCCAAUUGCGGCACCGAUUCGCAGCCGGAAGGGUGGUCACUCCAAUAAACCCCAAUCCAAACCUCAUUUGAUCAAACCCAUGGGAUCAGGUGUGCAAGAAUCUAAGUCUGUGAGGGGCAUGCACUACAACCCCGAUACUUUUUGCUGGGAAGGCAAUGAAAAUCUCGUGCAGGAGUUCGACAUAACGACUGCUCCCAAAUCACCCAAACCUGCUCCAGCUCUUAUCAGCAAUGUGGGUGCUGUGAACAACGCCCAGGCUGUCGGUGGUAUGAUCUUUGACCCACAGCGUAUGUGCUGGCUCCGAGCCACGCCUCUUGCAUCUGGACAGCAAGGUGGAAUUGCCCCGGAGGAUGAGGACGAUGUUUUUGCAGGCCUGGAUGACUUGGAUGAUAAGACCACCGGUGUCAAACGAGACUCUGAAACAGUGGUCGGGUCUACUCUCAAUACAGCCAGGGAUGAUCCGAGUGGGGGCGAGUCUUCCGAUGAAGGGCCUAUCACUGAAGAAUUCGAUGUGGGCCCAGAAUUCAUCCGCAGACAGAGAGCCGAGGAAGAGAAAUGGAGGCGGAAGGUAGACAAGUGGAUUGGCUUUGAUCGUGGAGACGGUGAUACUCACUGGCGAUGGGAUAUCCGUGACCUGACUGCUGGCAUGAAGCAUUCCACGGUUUAA